AUGAAUGUGAAAGGAAUGACACCUAUUGGAUCUGGAUCACCUAUUGGAUUGUCAGGUGUAUCAGAAAAAGAUUCUGAUAGCGCUAGACAACCAAGCAGUUAUCAAAAGCAUCGCGAGCUUUUAUGCCAAAGCGGAUAUUCCUCCGAAAUAUUUAGAUCUGUUGUAAAAAAGAAUAAUUCGGUCAUAAAAAAAAUUGAAAUUCCCGCACCAAAUGAAGAAAUUCGUUUAGAUAUUCUCAAAAUUCAUUCGCGUAAAAUGAACUUAACCCGCGGCAUUAAUUUGCGUAAAAUAGCUAAACUUGUACCGGGAGCUUCUGGUGCAGAAGUUAAAGGCGUUUGUAUGGAAGCUGGUAUGUACGCAUUGCGUGAGCGUCAUGUGCAUGUUGCUCAAGAAGAUUUUGAAAUGGCUGCCGCUAAAGUAAUGCAGAAGGAUUCAGACAAGAACAUGUCUAUUAAAAAAUUAUAG